AGCAUCUCUGAGGCUAAGGGAGUAGAAUGGCCAACCUUGGAGGUGGGUGGAGGGAGAGGAGGAUCCUCUGAGAGCUCUCUACUCACACAAAGACACUCCAAGGCCACACGAGAAUAGCGGGGGGACAGCCCGCUACAUGGUGCCCCAACCCCUUCCUAGACAGAGAGCAGGAAACAGAUCUGUGAUUUUUUGUAUCUUUCCCCAGCAACCAAUGGAGAUCAACUCUUCUGAAAUUUACAAUCUUAGGACUGAGUUGUCCAGGGACUGACAGUUUAAAUGACUCGACCUGGGUCACGGUGCCAAUAAGUGUCAGAGCCAGAACUUGAACCCUCUGCUCUCUGACUGCGGAUCCAUCCUUUUCGGCCGUCUACUGAUCUUAGCAUCCACUUAGUUUAUGGAUUUGAUUAGAUGUAAUUGGUACAGUCCAGUCUCUUUUCUCGAGCCCUCCCCUGCUUUGAGAAGCAUUUGGAACAGUACAAGAAGAACGCAUCCUGUUUCCCGCCCCGAAAUGCUGAAGCAAGGCUAUGAUAGGCUAAAGAGAGAUCAUACUUAGCUAUGAUAGGUUUAGGCCAGCCAAUGUUCAGCAGAGUGAUAGGCUGGGCUAAGGAGGCUAUACUGAGUUGUGAUAGGGCAGCAAUUCUAAGCUGUAAUAGGCUGGGAGGAAUUAGUCUGAGUUACGAUAGGCUGAGUCUAAGAAAGCAAUAAUGACUGAGCUGUGAUAGGCUGGAGCGAGGCCACGCCGAGUCGUGAUAGGCUCGAGCGGGACCUAUGUGGAGGUAGGGUCAGCUUCCCGGAAGAGAGUGGCCAGUCUCCGCUGACUGGGACUCAGUACUGCGCGGCUUUCUGCAGCUGCGGCAGGGGCAGCUUCUAAAGACACUCCAAGCUCCACGAUGGUGAGGGGCAUUGGGCAAGGGAUUACAGGCAUGUUUAGGAUGUUACUGAUGAGAUCCCAGCCGUGCCCACUGUGGUCUUAUAAAAAGGCUGAAGCACGGAAGUACGAGCCUUUCUUAAAGUACUUCACUUCUACAAAUGACAGACAACAGCCCAAGGAUGAGAAUAACGUGACUGUGGGAAACCUCUGCAGGUUAUCAGUUGACAUCAGGAAAAUUCGAAGAGUAAAGGGAUGGGUGCUUUCCAAGGAGGAAACUUAUGUUGAAGAAAUUGCCAGUAUUCUGCAGAAAAUAGGCACUAAGGAAACAGCACUAGCCAGCAUCUUGGAACGCUGUCCAGAAGCUAUCCUUUGUAGUCCAGCAGCAGUUAAUGCCCAGAUAGACCUGUGGCGGUCUGUCUGCCGGAACAAGGAGGAGUUGGCGGCAUUAAUAGAACAGUUUCCAGAAUCGUUCUUUAUUGUUAAAGACCAGGAGAAUCAGAAGCUUAAUGUUGAAUUUUUUCAAGAAUUGGGGCUCAAGAAUGUGAUUAUUAGUAGGGUCUUGACAACCGCACCCAGUAUUUUUUGUAAUUCUGUAGAAAAGAAUAAACAAAUGAUCAAGAUGCUACAGGAAAGUUACUUGAAUUUAGGGGGCUCCCAAGCCAAUAUGAAAGUUUGGCUACUUAAACUAUUGAGUCAAGACCCAUAUAUUUUGUUAAAUUCUUCCACUCCUGUAAAGGAAACGCUGGAAUUUCUCCAGAAGCAAGGCUUCAUGGACUUGGAAAUUCUCCAACUUCUGUCCAAACUCAAAGGAUUUCUUUUUCAGCUCUCCCCUCCUAGGGUACAAGAAAGCAUCUUUUUCACCAGGAAUGCUUUUAAAUGCACAGAUCAGGACCUGAAGGAACUGAUUUUAAAAUGCCCUGCCCUUCUGUACUAUACUGUCCCCGUUCUAGAAGAGCGAAUGCAAGGUCUGUUCAAAGAAGGUAUUUCUUUAUCUCAAAUAAGAGAAACACCCAUGGUACUUGAGUUGACACCACAAAUUGUACAGUACAGAAUUAGAAAACUAAAUUCUUUGGGAUAUAGCAUAAGGAAUGGAAAUCUAGAAAACUUAAAUGGUACCAAAAAAGAGUUUGAGUCCAACUUUGGUAAAAUACAAGCAAAGAAAGAAAGGCCAUUAUUUAAUCCUGUAGCACCCUUAAAUGUGGAAGAUUAACAUGAGGUAAUUAGGGUGCCACUGUACCAGUAUACAUUAAACAUGGCCAGCAAUGGGAACAGCUGGGAACGCUGUUUCCUCUCAACACACACUUUGUGGUCCUGGAUGAUCAUCUGAGUCGUGAGUGCUUACUGUGGUAACUAGGCUCUCAGCCACUUCAUUUGCUACGUUCUCAACUUUGUGAUAAAUCAUGCUUUUGUGAUGAAAUGCAUAAUCAUAAAAUGUAAAUAUAUGGAUAAAACCUUUUAAGCCAUAUUUCAAUAAAAGUUAAUAUAAUAUUCA